AUGCUGGCUGCAAGAAGCUGGGCAUCGACCGUGUCUACCGUAGACGAUGGCGUACAGUUAUACACCCUCGUCAACGGUUUGACGGGGGAGGAAGAUGGCAACGUCCGCCUCGAGGCUAUGUCUGCAGUUGAUGAUCUUCUUGAGCUGGACGAGAUGUCCCUUGAAAAGUUUGGCAGAGCUUUGAAGGCUGGCGAUUUGGCUGAAGUGGUCAUUGUUCGACCGGACGAAGAAAUAAAAUCGUCAUCGCUUCCGAAUGAAGCUGGCGUGGAGGACACCAAGAGAUUUCUGAACGCACGAAGUGGAUCGUUGAUCCUACGGAAUCUCUUGGAUCCAUACUAUCUUUUGCUAAACGUAUUUCAAGACGUCGUCUCCAAAGACCCGCCAUCUGACCUACCUCCGGACCGACAUGUGCGUCAUGAGAUCAACCUAGUUCCGGGAACCAAAUACUGCGUAACACGUUAA